AUGGUACAGUUUCUUCUUAAUGCUGAUUUUGUUUCUUCUGAUGAUUGCUCAAAGUUUGUGUUAUAUUUCACUUUGGUUUUCUUUCCUCAGCUUCCUCGAAUGUUGCAAAAAGAUGCAAUUGCAAGAUACUGUGCCCUUGAGAAAGGGCAGGUGGUGAAGAUCCCACAUUUCUUUAGAACACUGGCACAGCUAGAAGAUGAUGUAGCUCCAUGUGAGGCUCAAGUGGAAAAUUGGAAGACAAACUUGCAAGCUAUGGCUGCGAAGGAGCGGCAAUACGCGCAACAGUGUGCCAACUACAAGAUAUUCAAGUGGUCCAAAACUAAUAUGAAAUGUGAAGCUGCCGCAACCCCUCUCCCUCCUUUCUGCCUCACGCCUCCGCGCAGCCCAGUUCAACACUCCGCACUCCUCCCUCCCUCACGCCUCCCUCUGCCUCACGCCUCCCUCCUCCCUCUCCCUCACGCCUCACGCGCAGUGCAGUCCAACAGUUCCUCACUCCGAUCAGCUCAGUCCGACCCUCCCUCACUCACACACUUCCUCAGUCAGUCAGUCACUGAGUCCGUGAGCCUUCCCUCCCUCACUCAGCUCAGCAGUCAGUCAGAGCCUAAAACGGAGAUGGAAGACACAAACACAGACACAAACAAAUCUGGGAGUUGUGCCACAAUUGAUGGGAGUUGUAUCACAAUUGAUGAAGAUUAAACAUUUUGUAUUAAUUUAGUAGUUUUUUUUUAAUUUCUUAGACUUGUUGGAUUAAUAUGUUGGUUUGUAAUUAUUCUAAACUUGUGGGAUUUAUUUUGUAGCUUUUUAAUUUCUUGGACUCGUUGAACUUUUGAUACUUAUUUCUUGGACUUGUUUGAUUUAUUUUAUUUUUAUGUUUAGCUA